AUGGAUGGUAGGGUGGAAAAAGAAACGGCUCACGCUCCUUCACAUGUAUCAACUGCACGGAAAUAUCAAGCACCUCCUAACCCAGUAGUUCAGCUUCCACCUUCUAUAGAAACUAAACAACAACCUAAUGCAGCUCCUGCAACAGAAUCGUUAGCACCUAACUUGAUGCAAAAGUUAUCUGAAAUGACUGCAGGUGAUAAUUCUGUGGACCACAUUCUUUCAAAAGGAAAAGAACUAAUAUUUAUGAAGUUUGGAUUAGGAAAAUGA